AUGGAAAAUGAGAAUGAAGAUUUUGAGGAAGGUGAGCGGUUCAAUCCUCAAGUGGAAGGAGCGGAACAACAUUAUCCGCCUCCUCCCCCACUUGAGAAUGUGAAUCGCCAAAGGCAUCAAGAACGCCCAAGGGAUGAUCGACCCCACUUGCAUCCACAAGUGCACAAUCAACCAAGACAAACUUUAGGCGAAUUCUUUUUGCCGAAUGUGGAUAAUGCCACGUUUGGAUGUUUUGCAAUGCCGGUUCAAGCGGCAACCUUUGAGAUCAAGCCAAGUACGAUACAACUUUUAGAGAAUCGUUGUGCAUUUUACGGGUUGAGUCAAGAGGAUCCCAAUGCGCACAUCGCCAAAUUCUUGGGUGUACUCAAUACGUUCAAGCUUCAUGGGAUAACCGCGGAUCAAAUUAAGUUGAGAAUGUUCCCCUUCUCUUUAAGGGACAAGGCUAGCUUAUGGCUUCACUCUCUACCCAACGAAUCCAUCCACAAUUGGAGAGAGUUGGCUCAAGCGUUUCUCAACAAAUAUUUCCCUCAUGGCAAGACUACAAAGUUGACCAAGGAUAUUCUUGAAUUUAUUCAAUUUGAAGGGGAGUCACUUUAUGAGGCAUGGGAGCGUUUCAAGGAUUUACAAAGGAGUGUCCCCCAUCAUCGGCUCAAUAAAGAGCAUGUGAUCCAAAUCUUCUAUGAUGGGACGACUAUUACUACUAGAGCAACAAUUGAUGCGGCUUCGGGCGGAUCACUAAUGCAAAAGACGUAUGAAGAGGCGCUAGAAUUGGUGGAAAAGUUGGCGAUAGUUAGUAGCACUUGGGGCCCUAUUGAUAGAAGAGCGCCAUCUACUCAAAAGUCGGUAAUGACUCUUGAUCAAGUGAGGGAAAUGGAGGCCAUAAAAGCAACUAAUGCUUCUCUACAAGCACAAGUGGAUGCCCUCAAGAAACAAGUUGCUCCAAGAAACGCACCGGUCGCCUAUGUUCAAGUGGGAUGUGAGCAUUGUGGGGACUACAACCAUAGUAGUGGGGAGUGUUAUGCCACGGGGAAAGCUUGGAGUGAGCAAGUGAACUAUGUUGGGGGCCAAGGGCAAGCUAAUGACCCGUACUCUAAUAUCUACAACCCCGGAUGGAGGAAUCAUCCUAACUUUGGAUGGAGAAACCAAGAAGGUCAAGGCAAUGCUCAAGCCUCCAACCAAGCGGGUCCUAGUUUUCAAGGAGGAAAUAGACCUCAAUAUCAACAACAACAACCACAAGGUCAAUACCACAACAACCAACACCAAGGGAAUAAUUAUGGUGGUAGACCACAACACCCUCCCGGUUUCCAACAACCAAGGAACACGGAUGAGGGAAACAUGCUUGCCAAAUUGAUGGAGAAAUUUGAAAAGAUGGAGGUUGAAAAUAGGCAACUUCACAAUGAAAAUAGGCAAAGGGAGAAGAACCAAGCUUCCACCAUCCAUCACUUAGAGACUCAAAUCUCACAAAUGGCACUUUCGCUUCAAGGUAGACCUCAAGGGGGAUUGCCCUCUACUACGGAAAACAAUCCUAGAGAGCAUGUGAAAGCCAUCAAAGUUGUGGAACUUCGAAGCGGUAGAGUCCUUGAUGUUGAUCAUGAUAAGGAUCUUGAAAAAGCUAAUGGCAAGAGGCCAAUGAUUGUGGAGGUUGAGCCUCAAGUGGUAAUAGAUGUUGCAAGCUCUAGUCAAGAGCUACCAAAGUCGUGUGAGGAGGCGGCUAUUGAUAUUGAUGUUGAAGAACCAUAUGUGAGGCCACCACCACCACCACCUUUUGUGCCUAAAAUACCAUUCCCAAGCCGGUUGAGAAAGGCUCCGGAUAAUGAAAAGUUUCAUAAGUUUCUUGAAAUAUUCAAGAAACUUCAAAUAAGCAUGAGUCUAGGGGAUGCCUUGCGAGAGAUGCCCCAAUACGCUAAGUUCUUGAAAGACAUAAUUAUGAACAAGCGAAGUUGGGAACAAGGCGGAACAAUUCCUCUAACGGAAAGUUUAUAA